AUGAAGAGAUUGUGGAAAACGCUUAAUGAAAAGUAUCUUACGAAGAGCAUUGACAAUCGGCUUUACUUGAAGAAGAGGUUUUACCAGUUCAAAAUGAAGAGGAGAGUUUCUAUUAGGGAGCAUGUAAAUAACUUCACGAAUUUACUUUCAGAUAUGUCCAAUGUGGACAUCAUGGUUGAGAAUGAAGAUAAGGCAAUGAAUUAUUCGGCUAUUCAAAAGUUAAAAAAUGAGCUGUCAUCCAAGAUUGAGAUGAAUAAUCUUGGAGAAGCUAGGAAGAUAUUGGGUAUGGAGAUCGAGAGAGACAUGGUGAAGGGGAGAGUAAAGCUUACACAGAGGACUUUGAUAUUACCUGUUUCGGUUGAGGACAGAUAUUAUAUGUCAAAGAUUCUAUAUGCCAGUAUGCUUGAAAUCUCUGGUAAUUUGGUUUUGGAUCAAGUAAUUAAUGUUGCUAAUAUUGUUAGCCCUGCUAGUUUCACUUCACACAUGUUGGGGACUAUUCUUAGAUUCUUUAAGCUUUUGAUCCUUCGCAUUCUUUAG